CUACAACCAGUGAAAAUGUCCACCUUUUUCACACUGCCGGCGUCGCAAAGGAAGCGCAAACGCCCCGCACCGUCGGCCUCGGCGCCCUCAAAAUCUGCAGGGUGGAGGAAGAGUACGCGCGACGAUGAAUCCAUCUCGGGCUCUGAUGCCUCCGAUGAUGAUGCACCACCGCCGGCGGUAGACGAUGAGAGUUUGUCAGAGGAGGAUGAGGCGCAGUUUGAAGACGAGGAUCCCGCCGCAAAGCGUGUGCGGCUUGCCGAGCAAUACCUCGCCAACACACAGAAGGAGGUGCUCGAGGAUGUCGGCUUCGAUGCCGCGGACGUCGACCAAGAGAAUUUGCGACACCGGAUGGGCGAGCGGCUGAAGGAAGACACGGCGGAGGGCAAAGGCAGGCUGUACAGGCGAAUCGCUGAUGGACUGGACUGGCGGGCUGCCCAACACACGGUUUGCAGGCGCCACGGCAUGCAAAAGAGUCUGACGGGCAUCGCGGUGCAUGGUCAGCACAUCUUUGCCGUGAGCAAGGACUUGCAGCUUGUGAAACUUGAGCUACCCAGCCUGGACAACACUCACGCAAAGGGAAGACCAAGUCGGCAGCCGACAGUCGUUGCUCGCACCCGUGGCCACGCAAAGGGUGAGAUUGCAGAGCAUCACAGCAAGGCAAUCCUAUGCGUCGCGGUGUCUCCGGACGGGAAAUUUGUCGCUACUGGUGGCGCCGACAAGAAGCUCAUCGUGUGGGACGGGGAAUCGCUGAAGUGUCUGAAGGUCUUCCCACAGCAUCGGGAUGCUAUCACCGCUUUGGCAUUUCGCAGAAACACGAAUCAGCUGUACAGCGCGAGCAAAGAUCGCACAGUCAAAACCUGGUCCCUUAACGAACUGGCUUACGUUGAAACGUUGUUCGGGCACCAGGAUGAGAUCCUUGACGUUGAUGCCCUGGCCCAGGAGACAUGCAUCACUGUCGGCGCGCGCGAUCGGACGGCAAGGUUAUGGAAGGUGGCAGAAGAGUCGCAACUCGUCUUUCGCGGUGGAAAUGCCUCUGGAACAACAAAGGCGCUGGAACAAUUGAAAAGGUCGUACGCCAAUGGGAACGACAAGGCCGACGCGCGGUACCAUGAAGGGUCUAUCGAUCGGAUUGCAAUGAUCGACGAGGAGACCUUCGUAACGGGCUCGGACAAUGGAUCGCUCUCGCUCUGGAACACUCACAAAAAGAAGGCCACAUUCGUUCUCCCUCUCGCUCACGGCGUGGAUCCUCCGCUGCCGCUGGCUGAAGCGAGCGCUGAGCAGGAGCCGGACGAGUCGCUGGAUGAAGAAAGUCGAGGUGGCCAACAGCCUCGAUGGAUCACCGCACUCAAAGCGAUUCCGUUCAGCGACGUUCUUGUCAGUGGGAGUUGGGACGGCUACGUUCGCGCGUGGAAAAUCUCCUCGGAUAAACGGCGCAUCGAACCGCUGGGGGCUGUGGGUGUGCAGGUCGAAGAUCUGGGCGCAUUAUUGGACAGCGAGGGCGUGGAGUCGAGUACGCUUGCAGAUGGCGCAUUGCAGGCCAUGAAAGACGGGGUUGAGAGACAAGGUCAAGUCCGCGGGAUCAUCAACGACCUCGCCGUCCUUGAUCUCGGCGAGCGCGGUAAGGACGGGGUGUUGAUUGCAGCAGCGAUUGGCCAGGAGCACAGACUCGGUCGAUGGCGCGAGAUGCUUGACGGUCGCAAUUGCGUCGCCAUCUUCAGAGUGCCGUCGCAUGUGGCUACGAAUGGCUCGCACAACACGGAUGUCGAGAUGUCGAAUGGGACACGCGAGAAUCGCGAUGAUUUUGAAGGGGUCGAAUAGAAUUAAUUAGCUGCACUUCUGUUGAGAACCCAUUCGCGAUGUCUCGAAAUGAGAGAUUGCACAUAAUCCUUGUCCUCGGCACUAGACAACAUUUGCAAGCCGAACCAUUGGACGAGGCUGCACGGAAGCGUG